UUCUGCGGCACAGCCUGACAUCCACCACUAUUUGUAGCUUUCUUCGCCCCAACCGUUUCUUCAUCGUCUGGCAUCUGUUUCAAUUUGCACUCUUUCACUAUGGAUUUCAGGUCAAGAGCGCAGUCGCCCCCCAACUCGGCCUCAACCACAGGCACCAAGAGAACCCGCAUGUUCAUGCCCCUCUCCAACCAUGGCAUGCCGAGGACCCCGCUGCCCACCUCUCCAGGUGGCAGUGUUCGCUCGCAUCGCUUCGACAAGGCCGAGAAGUCUCCCGGCAGCCCAGGAUCCCCGCCCAUGUCUGCGAGAACCUUUGCUACGUUCUUCAGCUCCAACGGCUCUGAGGCUGCCUACUCCCCAAAGGCCUCUUCAUACUACACUGCCUCCUCUCCCAAGGGGGCCUACUCUCCACGGGCACCCUAUUCUCCCCAGGCCCCCUACUCUCCCAUGUCACCUUCACACUUUUCUGGAACUACACUUGGCGGAUCUCCAGCGCCUACGCCAUCACUACCACCAAUUCCUCAAUUCGAGAGAGUCCAAUUUGAGAAGGUUCCCCUCUUCGACAACAUUGAAACUGUACACGCAAAGCGUCGCAGUCGAGGGCCGGCAUCAAGUGUUCCUACCUCCCCAAUUGCCGAACCCGGCACUGUCAGAAUCGAUGCGCGGAUCCCCGAGUUGAUGGAGAAGGAGACAGAGCUCGAGGCCCCGCCCAAUGCCAUUGGACCUGCUGCAGACCCUGCCAUUACUCAAGAAGACCAACCCGCAUCGAAAGGAGCCCUCACGAAAUUCAGUCGGAGGGUCCGCGCCGUGUUUGGCUCCAAGCCGGAGAAAAAGGCCGAAGCCAAGCGAAGGUCCAAGGAGGCAGCACAAAGGGACCUUGAACGGGCGGAGGAUGUCCAUUGGACAGAAUUGUGAUUCGCGAAGCCUCAAAUCACGACGUUUAAGUCGGCUUGAUGGCAAUCAUACCAUUCUACAUAUCCUUCAUCGCCCACGCCCAGGGUACUCCACUUCUCUCAAAUGACCCCACCACAGCCAAACAUCAUCUACAAUUCCCACCCUCUACAAUUAGGCUUUUACCGCCAUUAGCCAUCUACACCCAUCCCUCAGCUCGCGUUUCGCCAACCAUAAUUCCACAACGAACCAAAAACUCAAUACCCUUGCUAUUCACGAACUGCUAUACCCCUCACUCCUCACGGAGGCCACUUCUUUCCUUUGUCAUCUCUCCUAUCUCAUCAUCGGG